ACGCGUGCGUAUCCUGCCGUCGUUGCCGCCAUUGCUUCAUCCGGCCGUAAUUGACGGCAGAUCUCCGCUGCCGGCCUGCUGUGUUGAGGAUGAGUGAGCCCACGGGUGUGCAGCUGAGUCUCCGCAGGAGCUCACCGACGAAGCUGUCCGUCAACCUGGAAGGUGAGCGGGCAAAAGAGCCAACGAGAUGAGUGAAAGGCGAGUGAGUGCGGCAGCGGAUCUGAUGAUGUGCGUUUGUUUGUGUGUGCUGUGUGUGCGGUGUAUGCGCCCGUGAUCAGGGCCUGACAAGCCAGGGUUCCUGGAGAAGGUCAUCAGCUUCUUCACCAAGAAUGAGCUCAACAUCAUCGACGCUAAGAUACAGGCAAGACAAACAGAGCACUCACAGACGCACACACACAGGCACAGAGCCCGUUCAUCCAUCCAGCUAUCUGCCUGUCUGUGGUGUGCCCUGCCCGCAUCUGUGUCUGUCAGAGCAAGAAUGGCCAGUUCCGCGACAGCUUCAUAGUGGAGCGCCGGACGACCGAGCCCAUGACCGACGCCUUCAUCUUUGACCUCGAGACCAAAUCCAGAGAGCUCACCGGCCUCCCACCACCACAGCAGCCAACCAGGUCAGUCACCGACCGGCCCGAGUCGGGACCCCUCACCCUCACCGUGCCCUCACGCGGACCGCCAAACUACCCGUCCGGCACCCUCUCCGACGGCGAGCUCUCGCCAUACUGCCCGUCGAUGCUGCCCGGUGGCAUUGGGGACGCCAACGACACUUUUCUCGACAUGAGCGCGCCGGGCGCGGUGGAGGGGCGUGAGGGUGGGGGGUGGGGUGAGGAUGCGGGCGGCGGCUUGGGAGCUGGGAUGGGUGGGGGAUGGAACGGCCGAAGUCUGCCUCCGCGGUCGUCGUCUGACCCGCACCUGUCGCUCGGCGGGGAUGCCAUGCUCGCAGCUUUCAGCGGAGAGGUGAGGCGCAGGAAAAGAGCCGUGUGUGGCGAGAGGAUGUAUGGGCAUGUGUGUGUUUAGGAGUUCAAUCCGUCGCCAGAAGGCCCUCCGAGGAUCCUUGUGGUCAGCCGGAGGCACCUGAGAAAGGUAUACACACGGGCAGGAGGGAAGCGCCACAGACGUCACAUGCAGCAGAUGAGGUCUGUGUUGGCUGCGUGUGUGACACAGGGGAAGUUCGUUGACUUUGUUGGCGAGUUCCACAUCGACCUCAUCAACCACUUCGGAGGUACAAGACACACAGGGAGGGGUCCGACUGCCUGCCUGUGCUGUGCAUAUCCAUCUGUUUGCUGCUGUUCUGGUCAGGUGCUGCGGUUAUCGUACCGAGGCAAGAAGACUCCCACCCAGAUCAGAUCACCUGUGAAUGACGUGUGUCAUGCUGUCUCUCUCCCUCUCUGUCUGCAGGACCUCGGGGACGGUCUCAUGCCUCGACACCUACAUGCCCAUGGUCGGUGUGGAAGGAGCCUUGAGACGCACUCUCAUAUAUGUGGCCACACACCCCCUGUCCGUGUGCAGGACGGCUUCCUAGUUGUCGAGGGCAACGACAUCUCACCAGGCAAAGCAAAGACAACACGCGCGGCAAAUCAAUUACAAGUGUUCGUUGGUAUGAUUUUUGUGUGGUGUCUUUGCCUGGUGUGUCUGUGUGUCACAGACUACAACCCCUACGAGCGCCAGACGUCCAUAUCGUCCCAUGCAGCAGCCGACGACAGCACUGCACCCACUCCCACGGCCGCCGAGGGCGGCGGCGGCGGCGGUGGUGGGGGUGACCACCACAAACACACACAACCCCAACACAUACCGCACGUCGACAACCAGCUCGUGGAGGAGAUCAGGAAGGUACGCCGGAGGGGAACAAGACACAAAGAGGCAGUGGCGCACACCCGCAGAGAUGCAUCCAUCGUGUGAUCUGUGUUCUGUUGUUAUGUGUGCAGAAACACGCCAGCGAUAUGGUGAGAGAAGGAGGGAGAGGAUGGGAUCAUCAGCCACGUUCCUCGACUUGCACGUGUGUUGAUCUCUCUCCUUUUCUGCUGUGCACCCGCCGCGCAAUUCAGGAUUAUGAUCCAUACAAGGUACGUCACCUGACUGACCGGAGGGAGUGACGGUACCUGUUUGCAUAUCUCUCUCUCUCUCUCUGUGUGUGUGUAUGUGUGCGUGUGUGUGUGUGCAGGACAAGCUGGAGUGGGAGCUGCUGCGUCGUGCGGUUCAGCUGGGUGUGCCCUACCUGGGCAUCUGCAGGGGCUGCCAGCUGCUCAACGUCCAGCUCGGCGGCAAACUCUUCUUCGAUGUCGUCAGUGAGGUGCCGAACGCCGUGCCACACAUCGACUAUGGUGCGCAUAAGAGACACACACGCAGACACACUCACACACACACCUACACACCUGUAGACAACUACGACGGCUAUCGGCACCCCAUCCGGGUGCUGUCCAACACUCCCCUGGCCGAGUGGUACAGCGACACUAUCCAGGACUCACAACAACCAGUGCUGCGCGUCAACAGGUGGGUGUGGUGUGUCCACCUGUUGGUCUGUCUUCUACAAGCCUGCCUCAUCUCUCUCUCUUCCUGGCUGUGCGCGUGUGUGGUGUCGACGGACGGAUGGUUGAAUCAGCUACCACCACCAGGGUAUCCGCAAGCUGGCGCCCAACUUCCGCCCGAUGGCCCACAGCGACGACCUGCUCGUCGAGGCAUUCUACGACCCGCAAAGAUACUGCCCGGUGGGUGGCUUGCCACACACGAACCUCUCUCCCCGUCCUCUCUCUCUGUGCGUGUGUGUGUGUGUCUGUCUGUGUGUGUGACAUUUUUGUGUGUUGUGCGUCUCAGGAGGAGGGUCGGUUCCUCGUCGGUCUGCAGUUCCACCCCGAACGGUGCGCCACCUUUUGACACACACAAUCGGUUGCACACGCCGGCCGGCCGUCGUUGAUCGACCCUUGUAUGUGGCUUGGUCAGAAUGCUUGACGAGUACCCCGGCAACAGUCGGUGGGUGACACACGCACAUAGACACACGCGACUAUGGCAAGAGGCCGUCCACACACGACAUAUAUGUGUGUGUCUGUGUGCAGGGUGUACGAGGCCUUCAUGCUGGCCUGCAAGAACUUCAGAAGGAGACGACUGCAGCGUGCCAAGACCAUGAUGGCCUCAUGACCGGCUAACACGGCACACACAACACAAGCACACACAGACAUCACAUGGCCCGGCCCGCCCAUUUGUGUCAAUUGUGUUUUCGCGUGCCGGGUGGCUUGAGCGUCGAUCCGAUCGGACCCUCACACGCAGUGAGUAAGGGUAUAUGUAGCAUAGUGUUCGACCCACACACAGCAGUAUGUAGUGAGUGUGUUGGAGUGUUCGCACCCACACACAACCAGUUUUCUCCUUUAGACACACAACACACUCCACAGACAGACAGACAGACGGAUCGCUGGACAAACAGAACAACCCUAUUCGCCAAGUAGGGUUUAGGCGAGCGAGGUGAGAGCGCAUGUGUGUGUGUGUUUGUGGUGGUGGUGCCUUCGUUCGUGUGUUCGG